AAAACCUCAGCGAAGACGAAGUCUUUUGGGGACUAGAGUCCUCUAUCUAUUUCUAUGUCUCCACCACAUGCAGCAGACAGUGGACAUUUUUGACAUUACGCGAAAUAAGUUGGGUACGACCUUUACAGUUUUGUGGUCUCCCGUGAGUACGUGAAAGGGAAUGUCGAACGGUGCAAGAUCGGUUACUGAGGUGCAUCGGAACGGCAAUAUUAUGGCUCAAGAGAAGCUCCUGGAAGGUUAUGUGGGCUUUGCCAAUCUCCCAAACCAAGUGUACAGAAAGUCCGUCAAGAGAGGCUUCGAGUUCACUCUCAUGGUCGUGGGUGAAUCUGGUUUGGGGAAGUCUACACUGAUCAACUCCCUCUUCCUGACAGACUUGUAUUCACCUGAAUACCCUGGACCCUCCCACAGAAUCAAGAAGACAGUACAGGUGGAGCAGUCUAAGGUGCUGGUAAAGGAAGGAGGAGUUCAGCUGCUUCUCACCAUCGUUGACACGCCAGGGUUCGGGGACGCUGUCGACAACAGUAACUGCUGGCAGCCAGUCAUCGAUCACAUCGACAGUAAGUUUGAGGAUUACCUCAACUCAGAGUCCCGGGUCAACAGACGGCAGAUGCCUGACAACAGAGUGCACUGCUGCCUCUACUUCAUUGCCCCCUCUGGACACGGGUUGAAGCCUCUUGAUAUAGAGUUCAUGAAGCGGUUACAUGAAAAAGUGAACAUCAUCCCCCUCAUCGCCAAAGCGGACACAAUGACUCCUGAGGAGUGCCAACAGUUCAAGAAGCAGAUCAUGCGAGAAAUCACAGAGCACAAAAUCCAGAUCUACGAGUUCCCAGAGACCAACGAUGAGGAGGAGAACAAGAUGGUCAAGAAGAUCAAGGAUCGCUUGCCCCUGGCUGUUGUUGGUAGCAACACCAUCAUCGUGGUCAACGAGAAGCGGGUGAGAGGGAGGCAGUACCCCUGGGGCGUGGCGGAAGUGGAGAAUGGAGAGCACUGUGACUUCACCAUCCUGAGGAACAUGCUCAUCAGAACCCACAUGCAGGACCUGAAGGAUGUGACUAACAACGUCCACUAUGAGAACUACCGCAGCAGGAAGCUAGCAGCCGUCACAUACAACGGAGUGGACAACAACAAGAACAAGGGACCAAUGACCAAAUUUGACACAAGUGAAGGCAUGAGUCCCCUGGCCCAGAUGGAGGAGGAGCGGAGGGAGCACGUGACCAAGAUGGAGAAGAUGGAGAUGGAAAUGGAGCAGGUGUUUGAGAUGAAGGUCAAGGAGAAGAUCCAGAAGCUCAAAGACUCUGAGCUAGAGCUCCAGCGGCGCCAUGAGCAGAUGAAGAAGAACCUGGAGGCCCAGCACAAGGAGCUGGAGGAGAAGAGACGCCAGCUGGAGGACGAGAAGCACAACUGGGAGGCACAGCAGAGGGUGCUGGAGCAACAGAAACUAGACGCAUCCAGAACCCUGGAAAAGAACAAAAAGAAGAAGAUAUUUUAAAAGUAUUUCAGCAAGACCACCGUGUGACAAUGUACUAGUUGCCAAUUUACCAACCUGGACUGUCAUUUUGUCUGUCGACCAACAACCUGUUACUGUGUGUAUGCAUGGAGGAGCAGUGUGGUAUGUCUGGGGGAAGUGGGUUCUACCUGGGGUCCUACAUUAGACCCACUGUCACAGACAUGCUCAGUCCUGGAACGUGUCUCCUUUCUGUUCUCUCGCUCUCCUCCCCAAAGACCUUUCUUAUUCUCUCUGAAAUGGGCAUGUUCGACUGUUGUACAAUCAUGUUUUUUGGUUCGCAGUUCUCAAGCACACGCAGUCGCACACAACAAAACACACAGGUAUGAGCUAUUUCAUGAUUUCAGAGACGAUUCCCUUUUCUUUUUGAAACCCAGAAUGCCACAAGACUUGCUUUCUUAUCCUCUUUCUAGUUAGAUGACCUUGGAGACUGACUGCACUGCUUUCCUCUUUCUAGUUAGAUGACCUUGGAGACUGACUGCACUGCUUUCCUCUUUCUAGUUAGAUGACCUUGGAGACUGACUGCACUGCUUAUCCUCUUUCUAGUUAGAUGACCUUGGAGACUGACUGCACUGCUAUCCUCUUUCUAGUUAGAUGACCUUGGAGACUGACUGCACUGCUUAUCCUCUUUCUAGUUAGAUGACCUUGGAGACUGACUGCACUGCUUAUCCUCUUUCUAGUUAGAUGACCUUGGAGACUGACUGCACUGCUUUCCUCUUUCUAGUUAGAUGACCUUGGAGACUGACUGCACUGCUUUCCUCUUUCUAGUUAGAUGACCUUGGAGACUGACUGCACUGCUUAUCCUCUUUCUAGUUAGAUGACCUUGGAGACUGACUGCACUGCUUAUCCUCUUUCUAGUUAGAUGACCUUGGAGACUGACUGCACUGCUUAUCCUCUUUCUAGUUAGAUGACCUUGGAGACUGACUGCACUGCUUAUCCUCUUUCUAGUUAGAUGACCUUGGAGACACAACUUUGUUGUAGUGUUCUAUUUAACACCAAAUGACCAAACUGCGGAGUAGGAAGCUACACACCAAGCUACACACCUCAGGCGUUUUUCUUUUUAUAACAAUUUUUGUUUUUUAGUUAUUUAGUUAUCGUUGUUAUUUUUUGGCCCUCAUCCAAAAAUGUUAUCCUCUUCCAAUUCUUGUCAUUUAAAUCAUCUAGCCAUGGACCGCUGUGUAUAACUUCAGUCAUAUUAGAACCUUUCAUUGCUGGUUAUUUUGUCCUUUUUUUCCUCUCUAUUAUAUUGGCCCUGCUACAGUAAUCGUUACAUUUUUAAUUUUGUGUUUGUAGGCAUUUCUCCAUUCUGGUCUUUGAGGUUUACUGUGCAUACUGAAUUUCACUCCAGCUGCUACACAGUAGGCCCCCUUGACCAGGCCUGGGAAACCCUGUUUUAGAAGACGGUGGGGGAGGAAAGUUUGGUUGUUAACUCAACCCGUUAACAUAACCCUGAUGUAGUUUACUUACAAUGACCAAUGACUGUAAACAGGUCUGUAUUGACUGUAAUAAACAACGAUGGGGUUCCCUUCCCUUACAUCACAUUUAACUCUG